AUGAUAUGGAUAUUAUUGCUACUACCAUUAGCUGCAUCACAUAUCAGACUAACAUAUCCGCCAACUCGUUAUCCAUUCCUGAAUUAUUUCAACGAUAGCAAAAAAAUUCAGCAACCAUGUGGUACUGGUGGUGGUGCUGGUAGUAUAUCUAAAGAUUCAACAGGUAUCGUAACAUGGUUACGAUCUGGUGAAACUGUUAAUAUCACUUGGCUUCAAUCAGGAUCACAUAAUGGAAAUUUGAAAUUGGAGUUAUUGAACGAAAUGAAUCAAAUGAUUGCACUUUUAUCACCAGAUACAAGUGUUAAUACUAACAAUAGAGCUUCGAAAACAAUAAUGUUACCGGAAAAUUACGAAUGUUACAAUUGUGUGAUACGAGCUAUCUGGCAAUCUGUUGAAAUCGGAAAAAAUUAUUCAUCAUAUUAUUCAUGCGCUGAUGUUAACAUUGUUAACGAAAUCCCAGAUGGUGAUACAUGUUUGAGUAAUGGAAAUCGAAAACACGGAAUAUGUGAAUGUGAUGCACAUUCAUUCGGUGAUAAUUGCCAAUAUCAUGAUGAAUGUAUAAAUGACAAAGAUUGCAACAGCCAUGGAAGAUGCAUGACAUUCUCAAAUGAUGUCACAGCAAUAAAACAGUGCUUUUGUCAACGAGGUUAUUUCGGAAGAAUGUGUCAACAUGUAUCACAGAGUUUUACGGAUGAUUCGGAAUUUGUUCCAUCAUUGUAUCAUAUGAAACAGGUUGGAGAGGAUAAUGAUAAAAUUUAUUGGAGGAUAUUACAGAACGAAAUUGAAUUUGUAUUAAAAUUCAAAACUGAUUCUUGGAUUGGUAUUGGUUGGAAACCGAAAAAUUCCAAUGGAUAUUGUCCUUUACCGCACAAUUUUGCAAAUUUACAAGAGAAACCAUUGGAUGAUUUGAUGACUACAUCAUUAACAUCAACAUUAUCAUCGUUAUCAUCAUCAUUAUCAUUAUCAUCAUCGUUAUCAUCAUUCUCACCAUCAUCAUCAUUGUUGACAUCUCAAAUAGCUGCUAAUAAACAAAGUGAAACAAUCACAAAUGAAGUGCUUCCAUCUGAAUUAGCCAGCGAUACUCAAUCACCAGAUAUUCAUAGUGUAAAAAUUAAAAAAAUUUGUAAUGAAAAUGAAGAAUUCUCUCAUUGUCCAGAAUUCACCCGACAAUGUGAAGCAUCUUGUGACUGGACAAGAUUUCCGGAAACAAUUCCAAAUUGCCCGCAUACUUGUGGUACACCAAAAUGCAUCUGUAAAGAAGGCUUUGUUCGAUCAGCAAAUGAUAAUAAUACCUGUGUACCGUUUCAUAUUUGUUCUGAUGAGACUGAAAUAGAAUGUCCAAUUAAUUCAACUUGGGCAAAAUGUGGUAUUGCUUGUGAACCAACAUGUGAAAAUAUGUACGAUACAUCACCAUGUCCAGCAAUUUGUGAUCAACCAGCCUGUACCUGUGCUGAUAAUUAUGUUAGACAUAAGGGAAAUUGCAUCUUUUGGGGUGAUUGUCCAAAUCUCGAGCAACAUUUUGCAUCUGAUUUAUCCACUUCAUCAAAGAAAACAUCUGCAAUGAGUGAAUCAAUUGCCACUGAAAUGAAAUUUAAUCAUGCUAAUAUUGAUCAAUUAGAAAUAACAACUGUAACACCGAUUGUAACAUUAGCUACAACAAAAACAUUAAUUGGUAGUUUAACUUGUGGCAUUAAUGAAACAAUUAGCGAAUGUGGUCGAGCUUGUGAAAUAAGUUGUAACAAUGUGUAUUCUCGAGAAAAAUGUACGCGAUGUUAUCGUCCUGCAUGUGCAUGCAUUCAUGGUUAUGCACGAAUUGAUGAUCGAUGUAUUUAUUGGGCUGAUUGCCCACGUGAAAAUCAUCGUUUAUCAUAUCAUCAUGAUCGGCAACCUAAUCAUUCGUCAAUACUACGAUCAUUGAAAACAUCGAUGACAAAUGGCGCAGAAUAUUUAUCAAAUGGAACAGACUUGAUAAAUUCAUCUCUAAAACUAUCAAAUAGAAAUGGAAAUGAAAUACAUCAGUUGAAUUUAGCUGAUACUACAGCAAUUAUUGAUGAUACAAAUGUUGAAUUACAAAAUAUUUCUAAUCCAAAAUUUACACAUUUAUUAGAAUCUGGAGUUGCUGGUGAUGUUUGUUAUGGUGAUUGGCGUUGGCCACCUGGAUGUCGUGAUUGUGAUUAUCGUAUUUCAUGGAAUUACCUGGAUGAUACUGAUGAGAUUGAAUUUUCAAUUGAAACACGUGCACCAUCAAAUUGGUGGACAGGUGUUGGUUUUUCACCUACCGGUACAAUGGUUGAAGCUGAUAUUAUUAUUGUAAAAAGUCGAAAUGGUGAAUUAUCAUUGCAUGAUAUGUAUAGUACAGAAUAUGGCGUACCACGUGAAGAUAGUAAACAAGAUGUUUACACGCCAACUGUAAUCGGAACACAUGUUAAUGGCGUACUAAGGGUACAAUUUACACGGAAACGUGAUACUGGUGAUCGAAAAGCUGAUCAUCAUUUUUCGGAAACUAAUUGUUACAAAUUUUUAUUUCCAGUUUCUGGUGGACGAUUAGAACCGAAUGGCCAAUUAUCAAAGCAUAUUAAUAUACCGCAUGUAUCAGAGAAUAAAAUUUGCAUUCAGAGUUGUACUGCUCCACAAAAUCUUCAAGCCGUAGGUUCCUGUGAAACCGAAUAUCGUUAUCCGGCUGGUUGCAGUGGUACUGCAUGCGAUUAUAUUGCUAAAUGGGAAUAUAGCAUGGCAAGAAAAGAUGUAAAAUUUGAAAUUUCAUCGAAAGAAUUAGGUCGCUGGACCGGAAUUGGCUUUUCUCGAGAUGGUCAAAUGGCAAACUCUGAUAUAUAUACCGGAUGGGUAUUUGAAGGUAAAGCAUAUGUUACGGAUCGAUUUGCAUAUGGUCGUCAACUUCCAGCAAUUGAUCCGGCUGAUCGUCAAGAUAUUUAUGAAAUUAGUGGUAAAGCAGAGGAUGAUAUUCAGACAAUAUCAUUCCGUCGAAAGGUAUUACCAGCUGAUACAAUUACCGAUUUUCCCCUCAAUAUAUGCUAUUAUUUUUUAUUUCCUAUUGGUGGUGGACGUGUUUUAGCACGGAAAAGUCAAGAUUUUCAAAAUGCUAAAACACCAAUCGGUUAUCAUGACCUUUAUCAACCUAAAAUUUCACGUACGAAAAUUUGCAUAUGUGAUCAGAACGGUGUAUCAAUUGCCUCUGAUGAUGGACCACCGGCAGUUCGAAAUCGUCGUCGAAUAAAUCAAAUGGAAAUGUCAACUCGUUUACGACGACAAUCGCAAGAUCCAUUUGAAAUUCAAAUUGAUCCUUUUUCAGGAAUCGAUAAAGUAUCAGAACAAGAUUUUCCAAUUGAGGAAAAUAUCUCGAAAUUGGAAAAUGGAAAUUUACCAGCUCAUUUAUCAUUUGAAAUCAAACAACCUAUUACUGUGACUGAUACCACUUCAAAUUCAAUCGAUCAUACGAUAACUGACAAAAUUACUGCAUCAGAUGCAUCCGAAAUUAUGGAAUGGAAAUUAAAAUCAGAAUCAAAACUAUCAACUGUUCCAUUUGCUGAUACAACUACUCAUUUAGAUAUAUCUAAAUUGGAAUCAAAAUCAGAAACAAAAUUAGUACCAAAAUCAAUUUCACAGCAAUUAAAGCAAAUAAGAGAUGAAGAAAAAUUGGAUGAAGAUCCAAUGGAUUGUCUUGAUAUAGUGAUAGGAGUGAUAAUUGAUGGCAUAUCACAAGUACGCGAUUAUUAUUCAUUUCCACAAAUUACACCACAAUUAGAUGAAUUUUUUGGUGGAAAAGAUUCAUUAACUUCAGCAACUGCUUAUCAACAAGAUGGCAUUACGACGAUUAUUUUUCGGAAACCAUUAAAAGCAUCUGAUCAAGCUGAUCGAACAAUAUCAUCAGAAGAGACAACCGUAAUUUGGGCAAAAGGUGCAAAAUUUACGCCAUUAUCUGACAAAUCUAUUUCUCAGAAUAUUUUGGAGAAAGCGGCAAAUUCAUUUGUAAAUGAUAAAAGUAAUCGAGGACAAUUGGUUAUCAAUUUCUUUGAUAAUAUGGAUGACGAAUUAAUGGAAUAUCAAAAAUUGAACAAUAAGAAUGAAUGUUUUGGUAAUUUUACAUAUCCCACAAAUUGUAUCAAUGAAAAAUGUAUUUAUACAAUUAAUUGGUGGACUGAUGGGAAAAAAAUUUCAUUUUCAUUAGUGGCAUUAAUUUCAAUAAAUUAUUCCACUGGUAUUGGCUUUUCAUAUGAUGGAACAAUAGCACAUUCCGAUAUAAUUGCUAUUAAUGUAUUAAAUGAAGGUAUGAUAAAAGUUUUGGAUAUGUUUUCAUCAAAUUAUAAUCAACCAAAAUUAGAUAAGGAACAAGAUUUAUUCAAUAUUCGAACAUUAUAUGAUCAACAUCGAUUAUAUGCAAAUUUUUCGCGUUAUUUAAUUUCAAAUGAUAAUGAUAAUGAUAUUUCCUUUGAUCAAUGUGUUUAUUUUCUAUAUCCAAUUUAUGGUUAUAUGCUAAAUAUGGAAAUGAAUGAAAUGAAUAAAUAUGAAAAAAAUUUUAUUCCAUCCGAAAUGAAAAUUUGUCCAAUGUUAUGCAUUAAUAAUUUGGCUGUUAAAAAAAUGCCACAAAAUGAACCACUUCAUAAGGCAUCUAUCUUACCGGAAGAAUCAGUUAUUACGGAAAGUGCUACAUUUGAUGUGGUAUUGCGUAUUUUGAAUCGUGAAUGGAAUUCAUAUUUUGUUAAUCGAAAUACUCAAGAAUUUCAUCAAUUAGCUUCGGAUGUAAUUAAUGAAGUUAAUGCAAUGGUAAAAACGAAAUAUCCGCAAAUGCGAGUAAUUGAAAUCAAAAAAUUCAAAAAAGGAAGUAUAUUGGCUUUUAUGACACUUUUCUCAGAAGAUGAUCCUUCACCAAGUGAACAUGAAUUGAAGGAAUAUUUAAAUAAGCAAGCUAAACUACAACCAUCGGAAGGAUUACAUUUGGAAAUAGCAUCAGUGAUCCUAAGAAAAGCAGAAAAAGAUUUAUCAAAUAAAUUAGGCAGAAUUCAAAAUUGGAUUAUUCUAAGUAUCGGCGUCUCAUUAUUUCUUAUUGCCACAUUUCUUGUUUGUUGCAUUAUUAGUCGUUCACGAAAGGUGCGAUCGGAUAAUUUUAAUAAUUACAAUGUACAUUAUCCAAUGAAUGGUUAUGGCUGCAAUAAUACUCUUGCUGUUUCACCGAUGAAUAGCAAAAAAAGUGGUUUCGAGAAUGCAGCAUAUCAUGCGACACAUAGUAGACAAUUUUCACAAGCAACAACAGCUUCACAAAAUGGUACCACUAGCAAAAGUUCACCAAAUACAUUGGAAGAAAUUCCAAAAGGUGUUGGUGAAACUACCUAUCAAGAGUGGUUCUCGAAGGUUGCUUCAAAACCUGGUGCACAACAACAUGAAGAAAUAUCAUCACCGUCUGUACGGCAUCCAAUUUCUCGUCGUUCAUUUAGUGGACCAUCUUAUAUGUCACAUACUCAGGAUGCUAAUAAUUUUUAUGGUGAAAUUAGAUUAGGACCACCUGGAUAUUAUCGUCCUUAUUAA